AUGCACGCAUAUUUGCGUGCUGACUCGUAUCCUGCUCAAAACCUGGGAGCGAGUGGAUGGAACAAAUCUGAAGGAUCAUCCAUGACACCCCCCGACAUGAGCAUGUCGCCAAGUGAACUGGCCAAUGUGCUGCUAGAAGCUUUCAACACGAUGAUGAGUGAGUGUGAAAGCUAUGUAAAAUAUACGGAGCAGCGCUUCCGAAUGGAAGAAGACCAUCUUCGACACGUGAAAAUCAUGCUAGAACGUCAGCGUGACCUUGAUAUGCGCAUCAACAGCAAGCUGGCUGUACUGCCUGGUCUGCUCCCAGAUCCUGGACGUCUAUCGAAUCUACGCAAUACGUGGGGCGACAUCCGCCUGUCGGAGAUGUGGGCUGUGGAUCUGCGUCUCAAUCUGCUAUUUGAAUGCAAAAUGCGCGUAUUGCAGCCGAUCGUCCACUUUCAUGAUGAACAGGAGCGCAUCCGAAGGCGUGUCAAGGCUAAUCUAAAAAUGUGUGUUGACGACUACGACGAAAUGCUAAAUGUGACCCUGCCUAGAAUCCGCCGGAAUUAUGAGCGCCGAUGUGAAGAGCACGAGUUUUAUCGUCAUCAGCAACAGGCGCUAGAAGAGUCGCGCCAGCUAUUGGCCUCCGGCACUAUUGCUUCCAUGAAUGGACGCUCAUCACCGGAGUUGCCCAGCGUGCCUGGCUGGAACGGCGAUGUGACAGCGAGCUCGGCUCCUGAUUUCAGCACAGGCAAUCGUCCGUUCCUUGAAUCACUUCGAAAGCGCGAUGCAUGGGAUCAGGCACCUAAGCGACUCAAUGCCCUUUUCUCCCGCAUGCUUGAUGUCUCUGACCGCAGUCCUGGCAUGGAAGCGGGCAUUCUGCCCUCCAAUGCCUCUAAUGGAACGAUGACACCACCCAAGAUGCCCUCUCCUAGUGCUGAACAAGCCAAUGUGUCCAACAAGGCACUCCAAACCCUCGCCAUUAAACAAGCCAAGGCACGUCGCGAGAUGAAUGAGGCAGACCAGGCGUACCGCAAGGCCAUUUUUGACCUAGAGACGCUUCGUAUUCGACGCAACAAGGCACUCGAUGCCGCCGUCAAGAGUCUGCUGGAAUGGCGCCGUGAGCUCAGCAUCACCAUGCAAAAAGUGACUUUAGAGCAUGUGCGUCGUACUAUGGCAAUGCGGUCGACGAUCGACUCUGUGCACCAACAGGACGAGCAACUCGCGCUGCAGAUGCUCGAUAACUUUGAAGAUGAGCAAAAGGUCUGUGAAAAGUGGAUGCCCAAUACGCGCACACUGAUUCACAAUGAGCGCGUUAAGUACGUGAACUACUUCCAUGGCCCCUUCAAUGACCUGAUCUUUGGAACAGGUCUUGUUGACUAUGCAUUUUCCCACGGCGACUAUAAUACACCAUCAACAAUGACGGAAAAGGGACUGAUCUUGCCGAACGUACGUCCCCCGCUCAUUGUGAGUAAAUGCAUCGAGUUUCUCGAACAGCCUCGCUGCAUCCGCACACCUGGUCUGUAUCGCGUGAGCGCAAAGCAUUCACGCAUCCAGGAGCUCACAAGCAUCAUUGAGCAGGACGAGACCUCGUUCCAAUUCGAUGCAGACCGUGAGGACCCUAUACUUGUUUCGUCGAUUCUCAAGCUAUACCUUCGGCAACUCCCCGAGGCCGUCAUGCCCAUGAAAUGGGACGAGCGUGUCCGGUACACGCAUGAACGCGAAGAGCACAUCAAGAAUGGCUUUACCACUUUCAAGUCACGUAUUCGCCGCAUGCCUCCCAUUCACCAGGCGACGCUUCGUGCGCUUCUCAUGCACCUGUCAUACGUGGCAGCACACUCCGACUACAACAAAAUGAACAUUUCAAACCUCGCCGUGGUAUUCUCUCCCGUAAUAUUGUCCGAGAAUGCACCGCGUGAUGUCUCCCUUUUUUCUAACUCUGAUGAAGACACUACACUGAUCGAUCUGGUUACAUUUUCAUCCCACAUUUUCGCCAUGCCCACUCUGUAUCAACAUCCUCUUCCAUCACCUCCGUCGACACGAACUUCCUCCCACUCAAACCAUGGAACACAAAUGUGCCCAUCGAUUGGUGACCUUGAUAUCGAUGUUAUAUCAUCCAACUCUUCCAUGGAUGCGAAUCAUGCAUGUUGA